GGCCCAGAGCCUCCAGGCCUGGAUGUGGGUCUGAGCUUUUAGGGGCCCAGCCAGGAAUGGGAAGUGAGGGCAGCUGGAGGCAGCUGCUGGGUCCAGAGCCUCCUCGCUGGCUGACGAGGGGCAGGGGUGCUGGGGGCCUGGGCCUCGGGGUCGAGAGGAGACAAGGAGCCCACCGUCAGCGGUGCCGGGACAGCCGGGACCAUCGAGGCCAGCCGUGCUGUCUCCGCUGCAGGCGCGGCUCCAACGUGGCCCUGAUGCUGGAUGUGCGGUCCCUGGGGGCUGUGGAGCCCAUCUGCUCCGUGCGCACGCCCCAGGAGGUCACGCUGCACUUCCUGCGCACAGCCGGGCGCCCCCUCAGCCGGCAGGCCCUGCAGCACCGCCCGCCCAGCCCCACGCAGCUGGAAGAGGAAUUCCUGAGGAUCCCCUCAAACUUUGUCAGCCCUGAGGACCUGGAUAUUCCUGGCCAUGCCUCCAAGGACCGAUAUAAGACCAUCUUGCCAAACCCCCAGAGCCGAGUCUGCCUGGGCCGGGCACAGAGCCAGGAGGAUGGGAAUUACAUCAAUGCCAACUACAUCCGGGGCUACGGCGGGCAGGACAAGGCCUACAUUGCCACCCAGGGCCCCAUGCCCAACACGGUGUCGGACUUCUGGGAGAUGGUGUGGCAGGAGGAAGCAACCCUCAUCAUCAUGCUCACGCAGCUCCGAGAGGGCAAGGAGAAGUGCGUCCACUACUGGCCCACAGAGGAGGAGACGUACGGGCCCUUCCGUGUCCGCGUCCAGGAUGUGCGGGAGUGCCCGGAAUACACCGUGCGGACACUCACCAUCCAGCACCAGGAGCAGUGCCGGGCCCUGAAGCACAUCCUCUUCUCGGCCUGGCCCGACCACCAGACCCCAGAAUCGGCGGGGCCCCUGCUGCGUCUGGUGGCUGAGGUGGAGGACAGCCCAGAGACUGCCACCAGCUCUGGGCCCAUCGUGGUCCACUGCAGCGCAGGGAUCGGCCGGACCGGCUGCUUCAUCGCCACCCGCAUUGGCUGCCAACAGCUUAAGGCCCAAGGGGAGGUGGACGUCCUGGGCAUCGUGUGCCAGCUGCGACUGGACAGGGGCGGCAUGAUCCAGACGGCUGAGCAGUACCAGUUCCUGCACCAUACCCUGGCCUUGUUUGCCGCCCAGCUGCCAGAGGAGCCCAGCCCCUGACCCGGAGCCCUCCCUGCCCAGGGCCGCUUCCCCGGGCCUGGGGAAAGGGGGCCUUGGGAAAGGGGUCUUUGUGACCUGGGGAAUCCCCAGGGGGCCUGUCUGGGGUCCCAGGAAGCUGGCCAGUGAGGACGGGGCCAGACACCGGCUCUUGAGCACUGCCCACACCCCUGCCCCCUGGAGAUGCCCCCAGGGGACACAGGGGUGACCCCCAUGUGAGAGCCUCGGUCUCUUCCUCGGAUAUGGACCUGGUGCUUUGCUGCCACCAGGGCAGAGCAACCUGAGGGUGCCCAGAAGCUGCUCCAGCUGCACCCCCUUCCUGGGGCUGGCGAGAGCAUGACCCCAAGAUCAUACCUGCCCUGGUCCAGCCUGAGAACAGGCUGAUGGCCGGAGGUGGGAAAGGCCUGGUGCUGCCUUGACCACGUCCUCAGCAUCCUGCCAGGGACUCUGCCUCCUCACCCCACAUCAGAGGCUGGACACCCCCAAGAGAGCAAGAACCAGAACAGCCCAGGCCCACAUUGGGGUCUGGGGAACAGGCUACAGAAGUGACCGGACCAAACAGUUAAAGUCUCUAGAAGAAGGAAAGUGUGGGAACACCUCCCCGCAGUGCAGACUGCGGCCCCUGCCUCCGUACCUGCCAGCCACCUGCUCCAGCCACUCCCCCGGGAGACCCUGCGUCCUCAGCCUGCCUGCUAGCCUCAGAAGGGACGCACGUGCCCCGGAAGAACACAAGACCUGAGCAAGGAGCCAAGAGCACUGCCUGACUCCAGAUAAGAGUCCCGCCACGCCCUCCCUGCAGAGCACGCCUGGACCACACGCCUGUUUCCACCAGCAUCUUGGGUUAAAGCACCUAUGUGGGCCAGGGGCUCAGGCUGAACAGGGUCCGCCACAGUUUACCCUGGAGAGCUAACUGCCCUCCGCGUCUCUCAUCAACACAAGGCCCAGGGCCCCCCAGAUCUAAUCUCACGGUCAACCACCACCCGGGAGAGAACUCACUCCUCCUGAAGCCUUCCUGCCCGUGGAGCUCAGACCCCCCAGGAGGAAAGCUGUCACAUGGGCGGGUCCCCCUUCCUGGGUGCUGCUGCCCCAACCCUGUCCAGACCUGAGGACAGGCCAUGGAGAAUAACAGGUGGGGAAAUAAAGGCUUCUUCUU